UUCCCUCUCAUUUAACAGAAAAUGAUAUACUUUCUCACUCUUGAACUCCAAUCAAGUAAUGGCAGAGCCUUACAAUUUAUACGACGAAGAAGACGACGCCGCGUAUGUCCAUCCCGAAUUAUUCGAAGUCGACGACGACGACGACGAAAAUGAAGACGACGACGGCGAGGAAGAGGAAGAGGAAGAAGAAGAGGAGGAGGAGCCGGCUAGGGUUUCCCGUCGCAAUAAUAGAGUCCCUGGUGGAAUUGUUAAUGUUGAAGAAGAAGAAGAAGAGAGAAAUAAGAGGCGAAGAUUGUCGCAAGAGAAAGAAGGAGACGAUAAAAAUAAUAAUAAUAAUUGUAUUUAUAAUGGUGAGAGUUCGCAAGAAUGCAGUCGUAACGAAAUUGAAGGACUAUUUUGCCCUAUUUGUAUGGAUAGCUGGACUAGUGAAGGUGAUCAUCAUAUCUGCUGCCUGCCUUGUGGUCAUUUAUUUGGACUGUCUUGUAUUACCAAAUGGUUGAAACAAAAUCGAAGUAAGGCGAAGUGUCCUCAAUGUAAUAGAAAAUGCACAUUAAAGGACGUUAGGAAACUAUUUGCUCCUAGGCUUGCUGUGAUUGAUGAAGAAUCACAAAAGACGAUUAAAUCUUUAGAAGUAAAAUGUGCUGCUCUUCGAAAGAAGGAUGCAGAUUGGUGUAGAAAAGAAUCUAAAUGGAAAAAGAGAGAAUCUGGUUUGGAAGUUACAAUUAGCCAGCUUACACAGAGGACAACUAGUCUGGAGCGGAUGUUGGGAGAUCUGCAGAACAGGUCAAGUGGAUUAAUCAGUGCAGGCAGGAGCUACCAAGAACACUUUCUAAUUGGAAAUAUGAACUCAAGUUUCUGCAGCCAAGUAUCUUCCAGCAGUUUUGUAUUAGAGAGAGAAUUGCCGGUGGAUGGUGCACGCCUAUUUGAUAUAGACGCAUUUGGUCAAAUUGUAUUACUUGCUGGAAGGCUGCCUAAGAAUGGGUCACAUGUGCUUACCAAAAUGAACUUGCUACCACCGCAUGAAAGUGAAGAGAUUUUACUUCCUUCUUGUGUGAAACUUAUAAAGGACCUACACAUAUCUCCUUUUAACAGGAGUCACGCACUUUGUGCAUCCUUAGGCAAGAAAUUAUCAGUUCUUAGUAUGGAAAGCAACAAUAUAGUCCUUUCUUGUGAUUUGCCCGCUCCAGCUUGGUCAUGUUCCUGGGAUCUUAACAAUUCACAUUACAUAUAUGCUGGACUACAGAACGGCUUACUUUUGGCAUUUGAUAUACGUCAGACUGGGAGAGAAGUAGAAUCCAGGUUGGGGCUUACAAACAAUCCAAUCCAUACCUUGUACUCCCUUAAAGAUACCUCAUCUUCAGGUGGUAGAAGACUGCUAUCCGCUUCCUCCAUUGGCAUAUGCCAGUGGAACUUCGACUGUCCCGAAGAAAGACCAUGUUUGAUUCCUGAAACAACAAAUCAAGGAGUUUGCAUAUCCCUUGCUUAUUGUCCGAGCAGUGAUGAUGUUGUUGCUACAUAUCGUCCGAGAGUUGAUAUAUCUAAUGAGAUGACUUUCACUCAGCCAUCACUAACUCCUUCCCCUGUUAUCGGACAAGGAGUCCCAGGUUCUCAUCUUCAUUUGAAGAGAACCGGCGACAAGUAUCGAGAAUUUGGAAGUGCAUCCGCCACUGUGAGUAGUAUUCGUUUGCCUAAAUCAGUGAUUAUAGAUAUGAACAAUCAGAAAUCGCUAUUUGCAAGUGGAGACGAAGCGACUUGCGGAUUGACCUUGCAAGAGUUGCCAUCUUUUACAUAUGCUCAGCGUCUUAAAUCACAUAAACGUCUUAUCUCUGAUGUCAAGUAUAUAAGCACCCUAAACUGUGGCUGGCUUGGCUGUUUGAGUGAGGACACGUUACAACUUUUCAGUAGUAAGCUAACAUGAUUUUUGUGAUUUUUUUUUUAAAUUUUCUUUUACCUUUUUGUUCUGUUAUACCUUUCUUAAUGCUAGUUUAGUUUCUUCUUGGCGGGUAAUUUCUUAAAGUAAAUAGAGGUCGGAGCGAGCAAUUAGUUAGGGUCAUGUCAAAGAACAAGCAAGCAAUUCAGUUUUUUUUUUUU